AGACGGUGGGCAGAGCGGCUUCUGUGCUCUUCCAGAGAUCGAAGGAGCAGCUGGCGGAGAAAGAGGAUGGCAAGAAGAGCACUCUCGACAACUGAGGAUAACAAGCAACCUUGAAUAGCAAAGCAAGUCUGUCCAGAAAUCAAAAUAUUUUCCAUUUCCUUCACCUUCCUCAGCAGACAAAGAGGAAGGCAAUAAGAGCACUCUGACAACUGAGGAGAACAAGCAACAUUAAAGCAAAGCAAGUCAGUCCAGAAAUCAAAAUAUUUUCCAUUUCCUUCAGAGAGCUACACAAUUCUUCACCUUCUUCAUCAGGUGAGAGAAAAACGAGAGAAAAUCAAGAAGAGAUUUGUAGCUGGGAAAAGUAGAGUGUGAAAUUCAAGCAUAUGUUACAUGAAAAGUCAAGGGAGAUUAUUUUUCCAUUCAGCAAAAGAGAGAAAUAUCUGGAAGUUACUGGGGAGGAAAUGGUCAAGUGGAAAGUCUCGUAGAGCAGACAGUAUUUCAGGCCUACCUCUGGGAGGAAGAAAAUGGCUUGAAUCAAAGCACAACUAAACAAGGGAUCAUCCAUAUUUUUUACUUUCUCAAGAAUAUUAGUUGUGGAAAAGUUCCAUAGACAUGCCUGUUGUGGGGAAGAUACAACUUGCAAAUCACAGCUGAUUAUGCCUGAGAGGAUCCAGACUGGAGAAAAGCCGUACAAAUAUUCUGAAUGUGGCAAAACCGUUGAUCAGAACAACUCCAUUGUGGUUCAUGGAAGGAACCACACAGGAGAGAAGACCUACACGUGCUCCCAAUGGGGUAAAUGUUUUAGCGAGUAUGGCAACGUGGACUCACACCAAGGAAAAACUGUUUGCAUGUCCUGAUUGUGAGAAAUGUUUCUGUGAUAAUUCCAGCCUCGUGAGACACCAGAGAACUCACUCAGGAGAGAAACCUUUUGAAUGUCCUGACUGUGGGAAUAGCUUCAGUCGAAAUUCUCACCUCGUUUCACACCAGAGAACUCACACAGGGGAGAAACCUUUUGAAUGUCCUGUUUGUGGGAAAAGUUUCAGUCACAAUUCUAGCCUGGUGAUACACCAGAGGACUCACACAGGAGAGAAACCUUUUGAAUGUCCUGAUUGUGGGAAAAGUUUCAGUCAGAAUUCCAACCUCAUUGGUCACCAGAGGAUUCAUACAGGAGAGAAACCCUUUGAGUGUCCUGAUUGUGGGAAAAGUUUCAUUCACAAUUUCAGCCUGGUGAAACACCAGAGGACUCACACAGGAGAGAAACCCUUUGAAUGCUCCUAUUGUCGUAAAAGUUUCAGUCACAGUUCUAGCCUGAUGAUACACCAGAGAACUCACAAAGGAGAGAAACCCUUUGAAUGUCCUGAUUGCGGGAAAAGUUUCAGUUGGAAUUCCAGCCUGGUGAGACACCAGAGAACUCACACAGGAGAGAAACCCUUUGAAUGUUCUGAUUUUGGUAAAAGUUUCAACUACAAUUCCAACCUGGUGACACACCAGAGGACUCACACAGGAGAGAAACCCUUUGAAUGCUCCUAUUGUUGUAAAAGUUUCAGUCACAGUUCAAGCCUGAUGAUACACCAGAGGACUCACACAGGAGAGAAAUCCUUUGAAUGUCCUGAUUGUGGGAAAAGUUUCAGUCGGAAUUCC